AUGGCGCGAACAACGACAGUACGCAAGUAUGGGAGGAGCACCCGGAAACAGACGGCUGAGAUCCUCUUUGCCCAGUUGCCGAAGUCACCGGUCAAAUCUGACCGGGAGCCGGAGCCGGAGCCGGGGCUCGGGCCGGGACCAACGCCGGAGAUCCAACCCGCCCCUGAAACGAGGCCAGAUGUCGGAGAUGCUCCGACCCCGGCAGAGCUGGAGAGGGAGGCUGCUAAGGACGAUUUAGCAGCCGUGGGGGAGGUCCCGCAGCAUUCCCGGGACGGGAGGGAGGAGCCCGAAACAGAAGCGGGCGCACAAGCAGAAGAGACUGAAGAGACAGAAACGGAAGUGGAGGAGUCGGUCUACGACGGCCUGCGCGUGCUCACCUGGGCCGACGUCUGUCCUCCCGGCGCGCGCAUAGAAAAGAUCGCCGAGGCCUCGUACGCCGAGGUCUACCGCGUAACCAACGAGCACGGGACAUCCAUCAUCAAGGUCGUCCGGCUGGAGUCGCCCAUCAAGCCGCAGACCAAGGCGCAGGAGCGCUCCGGCCUGGUCGACGAAGAGCCGCAUUCGGAAGAGGACAUGCGGGGGGAGCUCAGGAUCUCGGAGUGGCUCGCCGGCAUUCCCGGCUUCGUCGUCUACAAGGAGCAGUACGUGGUCAAGGGCAAGGCGCCCAAGGUCCUCCUCGAGACGCACCAGGCCUUCCACCGCCGCAUGAAGCGCAAGGACCCGGACCGGCUGCAGUUCUACCCCUCGCCGAGCCGGUACCUGGACGACACCCGCUUCCUCGUGGUCGAGCUGGGCGACGCCGGCACGGCGCUGGAGGACUUUGAGCUGACCUCGAUCAGCCAGGUGUGGGAUAUCUUCUUCCACACGGCGCUUGCCCUGGCACGGGCAGAAGACCUAAUAGAGUUCGAGCACCGCGACCUCCACGAAGGCAAUCUCUGCAUCCGACGCGUCCGCCCACCCACCACUCUGCCAGAGAGCAGCAGCAGCAGUGCCACCACCACCACAACUACUGAGACCACCUACAAAUUCGGUCACUCCGGCCUCGACAUUACCAUUCUCGACUACGGCCUCUCCCGCGCCACCGACCCCAACCCCCCCUCACCAUCAUCACCAUCACCAUCAUCAUCAUCCUCAUCAUCUUCACCACCACCAACACCACCACCAGCAGCAGAGGCUUCGGUGGUGGCGUACGACCUGGAGAAGGACCUGUCGCUGUUCCAGUCGACGCACGCGCCGCAGUGCCAGGUCUACCGACAGAUGCGGUCAUACCUGAUACACGGCGACCGGGUGGCACGCCCGUCGCCGCGGGACCACGCGACGCCGUACCCGCCGGCCGCGGGCUCGGGCGCGGGCUCGGGCGCGGGCUCGGGCGGGCCCAUCUCGUGGCGCGGCUACCACCCGUACACCAACGUCCUCUGGCUCGCCUACCUGUACGCCUACCUGGUCCGCCACUUCGCCGGGGACGCGCGCGAGCUCAGGCGCUUCCGCACGGAGACGAGGGAGCUCUGGGCCCACCUGGACCCGGGCGCGCCCCGGGGCGUGCUGAGCUUCCCCAGCGCCGGGGAGGUGGUGCGGUUCGCGGUCGAGGCCGGGUGGAUCGCCGAGGCGCAGGUCGUGGACGCCGAGGGGAGCUUCGUGAGCGUUGCGGGCGGGAGGUGA